AUGCCCUCCGACCAGGGCGCCCAGACGGGCAUCAUCCUCACCACGGCGCUCGCCACCUUCGUCACGGGCUGGCUCUUCGGCGUCUUCACCACGCGCGGCUACCUCAUCUCGCCCGGGCUCGCCGAGGAGCGCCGCCGCUUCCACCGCGACCCCGUCGAGAGCGACGAGAGCGACGUCGACGAGGACGACACGUUGCUCGACCACGCGCCAAACUGGGCCAACGGUGUCCAGGCCGACCGCAGGCAGGGGCUGCGCGUCGGUGCCGGUGCUGCUGCGGCCGCGCCAGGCAUCGUGGAUAACGGCGAGGAGUGCAAGCUGGUGCUCGUCGUGCGGACGGACCUGGGCAUGACAAAGGGCAAAAUCGCCGCGCAGUGCUCCCACGCCACCCUCGCCUGCUUCAAGGCCCUCUCGCGCGCCGCCCCCGACUCCCCGCAGCGCAAGGUGCUCUCCCGCUGGGAGAAGCUCGGCCAGGCCAAGAUCGCCGUGCAGGUCAAGGGCCAGGACGAGAUGCUCGAGCUGCGGCGGCGGGCCCGCGCCCUCGGCCUCACCGCAGAGGUGAUCCAGGACGCCGGCCGCACGCAGAUCGAGGCCGGCAGCAUGACUGUCCUGGGCGUCGGCCCCGCGCCCAAGAGCCUCGUCGACCAGGUGACGGGCCACCUGAAGCUGCUUUAA